CUGUUUGUGUUGGGCGAAUAUCGAACGGCAGGGGCAGUCGGUGUGUGCUCGCACGUGCAGUAGGCUUUUUAGCCGCUGUGCCUCCAUCCAAGCUUCACGCCCCGGCACCAACGGCGAAGAUAUUCUUUCGCGCCGACUACGCACAUACCAGAGUAUCGCUUCGCUCCGGCAGCGGGAUGAAAAUUUUCAUCAAUUAAUGAGAACGUCUCCAAGGAAUUUCAGAAAUGUCGAAACAUCGGCCUGUCAAGGAUAAUAACAGUGAACAUGUUGCAUGUUUGCUGCAGACUGUCAUCGAGUAGGAGCCCCACUUACAGGUGGUGAACUCAAAGUACUAUGGUAAAACUAAAUAAUCCACUAUGGAUUACAUCCGUGAAUUUGACAUACGUUUGGACCGAGAAAUGUACUAUGCCGGUGAAAGCCUGGCAGGACAUGUUGUACUUGAUACAAUUGAAAAUUUCAAACUAAGGGCUGUUCGUGUUGUCCUAAGAGGAAAAGCACAUGCUGAGUGGAAAGUAGUUGUCAGUGGUGACAGACGCACAGUUAAGGAUGACCAGUAUUUUCUUGAUGAUCGUGCAAUUAUAUGGGGAAAAGAUAAACCAGAAGGAAAUGUCCCAAUAUUGCCAAGGGGUGUACACCAGUUCCCCUUCAGAUUCCAGCUUCCAGAGAGUUCUCUUCCAUGUUCAUUUGAAAGCAAACCUGGCUUUAUUCGAUACUACAUAAAGGUUACUGUUGACAUUCCAUAUGCCUCUCCACCACAAGGAAUGAAAUAUUUUACUGUAAUAGGACCUCACAUUGACUGCAUGGAUGAGCAAUACCUGAAACCAAUGAUAGGACAAGACAAACGGACCAAAUGCUGCCUGUGCUGUGAAAAGGGACCAGUUGUAUUAAGGACUCAGCUUGAGCGUUCAGCAUAUGUGUGUGGUGAAUCAAUUAAACUGAGAGCAAACAUUGACAACCAAGGAGAAGAAAUUGUCCGACUUAAAGUGAAAGUCAUACAAUAUGUGGAGUAUUUCAUAGACCGUGGAGUGUUAGGUGUCAAUAAGGAAGUUCAGCAUCUAGUUCUGGAGUACAGAGGUGACCCAGUCCAUCCAAACACUCGAUCCAAGUGGGAUUCCGCACAAAGCCUUGUAGUUCCUGUUAUGCCUCCCUCAUUAGUUGGUGUAUGCAGACUGCUUCAGAUAUACUAUGUCCUGAAGGUCAGCCUAGAAUUUGAAAAAUCUGGAGAUGAUUUGCAAAUGCACUUUCCAAUUACUAUUGCGACUGUGCCAUUUCGUAUUCCGAACUCAAACCAGCAGCCUAAAAUUCAAUAUGAAGUGGCAUGUGAACAUGUUGAGGGUGGUCUGUAUAUUGGCCCAGAGUUCCUGCUGGGGCAGGUCUACGACGGCAGCAAUGCACAUGAAGCUCGUGAAACAGUUGUCCUGUACAGGCCUGUGUAUGUGACUGUUGUCAGAAAUGAUGGCAUUAAACCUAAUGCCACAACUACUUAAAGAAGCUGUAAACCAUUACUCUGCAGUGUGUGUCACACCCUGUGUAUUUGUUACCUGAUUAAAAUAAAAAAAAUCUUUUAGUAUGUGACAUAAUAGUAAUUUGUCUCAUGCUGUCAUACAAACUGUUAAUUAAUUUAAAAACAAAGUUUCAUGUGUCUAUGAUCACUAAACAUUUAUUCCUGAAAACUGAGGUGAGUGCUCAGUUAUGAGAUUAUUUUUAUUGUACAAAAUAUUUUUACAAUGAAUCUUGACAGUUCACAAUUAAGGUUUUUCAGAACUGAUGACUAUUUAUAGUUGCAUGAAAAUUACUAUCAUAUAUGAAUCAGUCAUGUAUUUUUCAUUGAAAUAGUCUCAAAUUAAACACUUCUGCAGUUUACAGAACUUCUUGACUAUGGGAGUAGCAUAUAUCUAGCAACUGAAAGUUGACAGUUUCCUGUUUGUCUUGCUGUGAAUAUGGGGAACUUAUCAUUUCAAACUGUAGAUUUUUCUGAAUCACGCACAAGUUGUCUGCAGUUACCUCAAUGUAGUUAAGGAACACUACUUAUACAGAGAGAAUAAACAUGUUUCAUCGAUUGGCGACUCAAUGGAGUGUUGUGUGCGCAAUGACCAUGUAUGUUAAAUUAAAAGAAAGGUCAGUGUUGGUCAUAAUAUUGAUGUUUAAUUAAUAGCAGAAUCGAUUUUUGACCACAUAGUGAUCAUCUUCAGUGCUGUACACAUUAAACUCAGACACUUUUUUCAGUUUUGGUUAUUGAUUACUUGAUACCAGUGUUUGAGUUUAAUGUGUACAGCACCGAAGAUGAUCACUAUGUGAACAAAAAUCGAUCCUGCUAUUAAUAAAACAUCAAUAUUAUGACCAAUGCUGACCUUCCUUUUAAUUAAACAUGUUUCACUCAGUGGCAUUUAAAAUCAAAAUUCAGAUAGUUAACUGAGAUCAGAAUUCUGAAGAUAGCAAUAGUUAGAAAGUGCUAUUGAUAUGAUUAAUGAAAAUAAAGAAGUACUCUUCCCCCCUCCCUCCCCAAUUGUUUGGUUGAAAUUAAACAUACUAAAUUUGGUCUGUCUGUAUUUGUAGAUACAGACAUAUCAAUCUUAAAUACAUUUGACUAUUUCACUACAAACAAAAAUAUUACCUGAAUAAGUUUCAAAAAUAUAACCUGCUCAUGAAUUCUAACAGCUUAUAAAAACUCCGUUCUAAUGCUCAAAUACAAAUUUGCAUUGAUACUUUUGUCAGGUCACUAAUAUAUCUGUGAAAGAAAACCCCUAAUCACUAAAGCAAGCUAUAUUUGAACCUCUAUUCUUGCUGUACACACAGUUCGAACAUCUUAAUUGUAAAACUGCAGAUUAAACUAGAUUCAUUGUUAAAAAUGAGUUAUUUAAAUGAUCAUUCUUUGUACAUCUAUUUUUCUUUCUUCUUCCUUGUGUCAAAAAUUUUCUUGUAACUGAGACCAUCAUUGUAUGACAAAAAAAUACCUAAUAUGGGAGAAAUGCUUGGUGAGGCAUAGACAUCUCAAGUGUUUUUAAAUUAGUUAACUUUGUUUCACCAAGCUACAGAUAAGUCAAUCAGAAUGCUACAUUUGGGAUUGAAAUGUGUCUUAGAUAAUAUAUUUCCAUGAUGAAAGAAUAUGCAAAAUAGCUUUAAAUGUUGUUUCUAUAUUGGAUAAAUUUUAUCAUGUAAGUUUUAUAAUUGAGCAGAGGCAUUAUUAAUGUUUUGUGCGAAGACAGUGUUAUAUGUGUGUUAUGUACUGAAAUAAAAUAUGUAGAUUUGGUGUUAAAUAUUGUUUCCAUGUGGUUAGAGUCUGGUUAGUGGGAAGCCCUAUUCAAUUUCUUCUGUACAAAUAUUUAACAACCUUAAAAUGAAGAAUGAGAAGAGAACUGUUCAGUCAACAGUCUGUUGAGACACAAUGCCCUAAUCAGAUGUUAUGUGUGUGCCUGCAUAGCCCAAAAAUACCCCUUCAAAGUACCUCUAAAACAAGAGGCAUAAAUUUGUUUACAAUCAUUUUGAAAGCAUUUUCCCAUAUAUAUAUAUACAACAUUUUAUAACACUACAUAAAUUAUCAAAAGUGAUUUUGAUAGAGCACAGUGGAGUACACUUGUCCUCUCAUUGCGGUGUUUAUGAAAGUUAUUGUUAUUUUUAAAUGUGGGAUAUAACGUUAAUAAAAUUGUUGUUGAAUGUUAAUGAUUGUGAAGCUGUUUGUUAUUGUGUACUUAAAUAUAUGCAUAAAAGAAGUUUAUGUGUGAA